CUUGACUUCUGUGCCUUACCACGCUUUACUCCUUUUAGAACCCUACUAAGUAGUAGUGGUCAGUCUGAUCUUAAACUUUCAAUGCAGAAUCUGAUAUUGCAUCUAAUAGCGACAACCCAAAUUUGAUGGAAGAAGCUCUUGCUGAAGCAAGAUUGCAGCUUGAGAAGGAAGACGAGGAGCUAGAGAAGGCAAUAUCUGGCGUUGCUGUUCAGACAAAAGAGUUUGAAGACGACAUUGUUCAGUUUGAGGAAUUUGAUUUGCAAAUGGAGAGGAAACGGCAACAGUUGCAGCAGUUACAGAACCUUCUUUUUGUUGAUCAAUUGAGUCUUUCAUUUCAUAAAACACCCGCCCCACCAAAAGCCGGGGAAAGUGUAGGAGAUGGUGUUAAAGCAGAUUGAUAUUCAACUCUUCAGUAUUCAUCUGAGAAGCUCAGGCUCUUCCAAACCUCGGACAAGAAUGACGAUUGAGCUAAAGUCCAUGGGAGAGUGGCAAAAUUUAUGGGAAUGCUAAUGCCUCAUACGACAUAAUUUAAAUCCGGUUUGGAAUUUGUAUUUAUGUAUGCCAUCCCUUCUCUAAUUGAUUAGUAAAUUAACAACCUGUACGGGUUUUUAAUUAAAAAUUCUUGUAAUUUAUGGAUUUUCACAA